UGCUAUCUUCUUGUUAGUUGUCAAGAGAAAGAUGGCUGCUUGUUUUUCUAUUUUCCUUCUGUUUUUCGACUUACUUCUGUCUUUUAGCUUCACAUCAUCACUUCGUUUGUGCACUGACUUAAGAGAGCCUUUCACCCCAAAGACACUGCCAACGUUUUGUUCUCAUUACAAUGCGACUGGUUGUUGUGACUCAGCCAAAGAUUUGCAAUUGCAUAAACAAUUUCUUGAAAUGCAUAUCUCUGAUCCUGUCUGUGCUUCUCUUAUGAAAUCAAUCCUCUGUGCGGCUUGCGAUCAGUUCUCAGCAGAAUUGUUUAAGGUUGAAUCGGAAUUGGUUACUAGACCAGUUCCUGUUCUUUGUAACUCCUCUAAAUCUGUAAAAUCAUUUUUGUCAAACAUGGAAGCAAGUAGUUUUUGUUCAUUAGUCUGGGAUGCAUGCCAAAAUGUAUCCAUGUCAAAUUCCCCCUUUGCUGCAUCAUUGCAAAGCUCUUCUGUCAAAUUAACUGAACUCUGGCAUUCAGAAAGUAAUUUCUGUAACAAAUAUGGUGGUUCUUCUGAUGAUGGAUCAAUUUGUUUUGAUGGUGAAAAAGCUACGCUUAACAAGGGUGAAAAUCCAUUUCCCCCCAAGGGCUUGUGCCUUGAAAAAAUUGGCAACGGAUCAUACCUUACCAUGGCUGCCCAUCCUGAUGGGUCCAACCGUGCCUUCUUUGCUAGUCAAGCAGGCAAAAUUUGGUUAGCCACUAUUCCCGAACAGGGCUUGGGUGGAAUUCUAGGAAUUGAUGAGUCCAGUCCCUUCAUAGAUUUGACAGAGGAAGUUUAUUUUGUUAAUAGCUUUGGGAUGAUGGGAAUGGCUUUUCAUCCCAGCUUUGCUCAUAAUGGCCGCUUCUUUGCAUCAUUCACUUGUGAUAAGGUCAAGACACCAGGAUGUUAUGGAAGGUGUUCAUGCAACUUGGAUGAGAGGUGUGAUCCAUCAAAGCUAGGUUCUUCGGAUUCCACUCAAUCAUGCCGGUAUCACAAAGUCAUUGCAGAGUUCACUGCUAAUGGCACUGCUUCAGAACUUUCCUUGGCAAAAAGAGCCGAACCAUUAGAAGUCAGAAGGAUCUUUUCAUUAGGCCUUCCUGUUGCAUUCAAUAAUGGGGGCCAGCUUCUAUUUGGACCAGCAGAUGGGUAUCUAUAUGUGAUGUUGGGAGAUGGUGGAAUCAGAGGCGAUCCCUUUAGUUUCUCCCAGAACAAAAAAUCCUUACUUGGGAAGAUUUUGAGGCUCGAUGUUGAUAACAUACCAAGUGAAACAGAUAUAGCUACUCUAUGGGGAAACUAUUCAGUUCCUCAAGAUAAUCCUUUUUCUGAAGAUAAGGAGUCACGGCCUGAAAUUUGGGCUCUAGGCCUGAGAAAUCCUUGGCGUUGUAGCUUCGAUUCACAAAGGCCACUUUAUUUCAUCUGUGCAGAUGCUGGACAGGAUGAAUACGAGGAGGUGGAUAUUAUCACUAAGGGUGGUAACUAUGGGUGGCAUGUUUAUGAAGGCCCCAUUCUCUUUAAUUCUUCAAACCCUUUUGCAGGAAUCAACAAUUCUGCCAACUCCAGGAAUCUAAUCUUCCCUGUACUCGGAUACAAGCACUCUGAUCUCAACAGUAUAUCCGCCUCAAUAUGUGGCGGAUAUUUCUAUAGAUCCAUGACUGAUCCAUGCUUGUAUGGCAGUUACUUGUACGGAGAUUUGUAUGGUAGUUCCAUCUGGGCAGCUACUGAAAACCCACCAAAUAGUGGGAACUUCACAACUAGAUUAGUUCCCUUCAGUUGUCCUCACGACUCUCCAAUUCAGUGCAAUUUUUUAGCGGAAAGUUCUCCGCCAGGUUUAGGCUACAUUUACUCAUUUGGAGAGGAUAAUAAGAAAGAUAUACAUGUCCUGGCCAGCAGUGGGGUUUACAGAGUGGUUCGACCAAGUCGCUGUAAUUUUACUUGUCCCAAGGAAACUAUGACGAUUUUUUCUACUCAAACUUCUUCAUCAUCUUCGUAUAGAAACGGGGUCACCUACACACAUAAGAAGUUGAUGCUCUGCUUUUCUUCGCUGUUGCUUUUCCUGGAAAUUAUAUUAUAUGGAGGCGUGUAAUGUAUCUUUUCCAGAUUUAGUUGGUUAAAUUGUUGAAUGCUGAACAAGAUUUUAUGAAAGAAAACAUUGUCGAUGAUAGCUUCAUAGACCCUACCAAAUAUA